AUGCUUGCUAUAUGUUCUACGGCAGCUACGCAUUACACGACUGUCUAUUCUGGGGUGGAGUUUGGGAGGGCAUAUCGCGAUAGAAAUGCUGGCUUUGACCCGUGGCGAUACGAAGACGGGUCUGGAUGGGAAGUCAACCUCAACCUCAACCUCAACCUCAAAUUCGAAUUCAAGUUCAAGUUCGAGUUUGAUCUCGGCCCCAUCCAAGUCCCCCACGCCUUCUCCAAUAAUUCCGUCUCGACCGUGGUACACCUAGCAAGCCAGGACCAGCUCAGCGCGGAAGAAGCGCGCGCCUUCGCGAUAGCAGUAACAGGCCCACCGUUUGAGGCGUGGCAAGUCGACGCCGCGCUGCGGACGGAUGGGCGGGCGCGGCGGAUCAUGUUCUCGGCGUUUUUGGGCGGGAGGGGUGUUGAUCAGGUUGGUGUUGUGGAGAGGGAGACGGGGGUUUUGAUUUCUGUUGUUAAUGGGGGGGAGGAUGAGUUUGUGAAUUUGGAGUAUUUGGAUGGGAUUCGGUGGGGGAGGUUGAGGGGGGAUGUGGAUGGGUUUUGGCCUUGGUUGGAGGGGUUUUGGUGGGAGUGUGAGGGUGUGGAUGAGGGUUAG